CGUCGACGCCCACCGGACUAACGUCUCUUGCUCUGCGGCGUCUUGCUGUCCACUGCCUCGUUGCGUGUUUCAUUCACAGCUACCACGCCUCAUGUGUCGUCAUCCUUGAACCAACGCCAGGGCACCGAGCUCCCUCUGUUUCAAACGCUGCACCCCCAAACUUCACCUCUCACUUUUCGCAUUCUUUUAUCAAGUAUACAAUGCCUCCGCCAGAAUCCUACGAACUCCGCAGAGGCAAAUAUGCCAAACUGGACGCCCCAGCCGACGGCGACGACUUCGACACGCCCACGCGCCGCUCCUUCGACUCCAACGCCUCCUCGUACGAAGACCUCGACGAAUUCGACCCUCUGAACUACGAUGCCGGAACAUUGAAGCAGAAGCGGAGCACCGGGGAUCUGCGAGCGCGGAAGGCAUCCUUCAGAGAUGCUGAAUUUGCGGAAAAGGUGCAGGUGAAGAGGAGGUGGGCGCCGAGCCGGCUGUGCUGCUUCCUGGUGCUGCUUUUUGUGGCAGCUACCGUGCUGUUGCUUUCGGCGGGAGGUAUUUGGGCGUGGAAAAGCGCACCUAAAGAUGGGCUGAGCCCGCCGUGGUAUCCCACGCCCAAGGGAGGGACGGACGAGAAGUGGAAAGAGAGCUAUAGGAAGGCUGCGGAGUUGGUGAAACAGAUGACGUUGGUGGAGAAGGUUAAUAUUACUACCGGCACUGGAUGGAGCAUGGAAAUGUGUGUCGGAAAUACAUCCCCGGUGCCGCGCCUUAAAUUCCCGAGUCUUUGCUUGCAAGACGGCCCAUUAGGCCUACGAUUCGCAGACAACAUCACGGCGUUCCCCGCAGGGAUUACGGUCGGAGCUACGUGGAACAAGGACUUGAUGUAUAAAAGGGGGAGAGCACAUGGGAAAGAAGCAAGACUAAAGGGCAUUAAUGUGCUGCUGGGACCGGCGAUGGGGCCGUUGGGUCGAAUGCCCGCUGGUGGUAGAACCUGGGAAGGGUUUGGUCCUGACCCUGUUCUACAGGGCAUUGCAGCAGCGCAGACGAUCAAAGGCAUUCAAGACGAAGGUGUUAUGGCUACGGCAAAGCACUAUCUUCUAAACGAACAGGAACACUUUAGACAGGCCUGGGAAUGGGGUCCGCCAAAUGCCAUUUCAAGCAACAUCGAUGACCGGACCACCCACGAGAUUUAUGCUUGGCCCUUCGCCGAGUCGGUUCGGGCGGGUGUUGCCUCGAUUAUGUGCUCGUAUAACCAAGUCAAUAACAGCUACGCGUGCCAGAACAGCAAGCUCUUGAAUGGUAUCCUCAAGGAUGAACUUGGAUUUCAAGGAUUUGUUCAAAGCGAUUGGCUGGCGCAAAGAAGUGGUGUUGCCAGCUCUUUAGCAGGGCUCGACAUGACGAUGCCUGGAGAUGGCCUGAAGUGGGCGGAUGGGAAAUCCCUUUGGGGCGCUCAGCUCACAAAAGCAGUUUUGAAUGGUAGCAUACCUAUGGAAAGACUCAAUGAUAUGGCCACCCGUGUCGUUGCGGCCUGGUAUCAAGUCGGGCAGGACGACACAGAGAAAUGGCCACUCCAGCCUCCUGACGGCGACGGUGGGCCAAACUUCUCAUCCUGGACGGAUGAAGAGAUUGGCUUGCUUCAUCCUGGAAGUACGGAUAAAACGACAGGGGUAGUCAACAAGUUCAUCAACGUCCAAGGAGAGGGCGAUGACUUUCACGGAAACUUGGUUCGCCAAGUGGCUGCAGAGGGAACUGUUCUGGUAAAGAAUGACGAUAAUCUCCUUCCACUGGUUCGCAAUGGGUGGAAAGAAGAAGAAAAGGUUGGCAAGGUCACUAAGUACCGUGUUGGUGUCUUUGGCGAGGACUCCCGUGUCAAUCAAGAUGGAAUAAACGCAUGCAAAGACAGGGGUUGUAACGUGGGCACACUAGCAUCGGGCUGGGGAUCUGGCGCCGUGGAUUACCCAUAUCUGACUGAACCUCUUUGGGCCCUUCGACAAGCGUUCAAUAAUGAAUCCGUCUAUGUGGUCGACUUCCCUUCUAAUAAGUUACCAAAGGAUAAGACUCUUAUUGAAGAGCAGGAUAUCUGCAUUGUUUUUGCAAACGCAGAUGCUGGGGAGGGAUAUAUGAGCUUUGAGACCACUCACGGCGACCGCAACGAUCUCUACCUCCAAAAGGGUAGCGACAUGCUUGUGAAAGGUGUUGCGAAGAGCUGCGGUGCAGGGCACGGCAAAGUCAUCGUCGUCAUUCACACUGUCGGCCCAGUAAUCUUGGAGAACUGGAUCGAUGAGCCAACCGUCAAGGCAGUCUUGAUUGCCAAUCUCCCGGGCCAAGAAUCAGGAAACUCGCUUGUCGACGUUUUAUUCGGACAUAUCAACCCGUCAGGCCGCCUGCCUUAUACCAUUGCGAAGAAAGAAGAUGACUAUGGGCCAGGAAGCAAGAUCCUGUAUUACCCCAAUGGACUGGUUCCUCAGCAGAACUUUAGCGAAGGCCUGUAUAUCGAUUACCGCUACUUCGACAAGAAGGACAUUGCUCCGCGCUAUGAGUUCGGUUAUGGUCUCUCGUACACCACAUUCCAUCUCACCUCUCUCCUCGUUACGUCUCACGGUCCCAAGACGCCUCUGCCUGCACCUCGCCCUUCAGGUAUCGAACCUCCAACCUACUCAACUGAUAUUCCAGACCCGAAGACGGCGCUCUUCCCACCUGGAUUCAGGAAACUGUCAAAGUAUAUCUACCCCUAUCUUUCUUCUACAGACGGCAUCAAACACCCCGAAAUCCAGACGAACAUGCUUCAAAGUCCACUCAGCGAAGCCGGCGGCGCCCAAGGUGGAAACCCUGAUCUCUAUUCCAAAAUCCUUACCGUCUCCGCCUCAGUCACCAACAUUGGUCUUGUAGACGGAGACUGCGUGGUCCAGCUCUACAUCGCCUUUCCGCAGAACUACAAAGAUCCCGAGACUGGGCAGCCAGUUGACUUCCCCGUCAGAGUUCUUCGCGGGUUUGAAAAAGUUCACGUUGAGGCGGGGAAGCAAGGCCCAGUGCCAGGUGUCAAAGGGAGCCCUCAUGGAGGAGGCGGGAAUAGCAAGAUGGUGGUUUUUGAGGUGACGAGGAAAGAUCUGAGUUAUUGGGAUGUGAGGAGGCAGAAUUGGGUUAUGCCGACUGAGGGAGAGUUUGGGAUUCAAGUUGGGUUUUCGAGUCGGAAUUUACCAUUGCAGGACAAAUGGUAGGGUGGGAUCGUGUGAGUGAGUGGG